CUGCUCUCCAUCAGUACUCUUAAUAAUGGCGGAGGUUUAGUGUGUUGACGGACGAUGCGCUCUCUCAUAUUUGCAUCAGUUUGCGGGUCGAACCAUGGGAACACGGUCGUGUUUGGCCGAAAUUGAGUCUAGGACAGUGCAGCGGGUCGAAUCAGUGCGACAGAGUGCGGCGGCGGUCGGCUGCUGCCUGCUCGUUUGAUCCGUCCGCCCGCUCUCUUGUGUGUGUGGUGUCACUCCGCCGCACUCGUCCGCUGAGGAGCAUCGGCAGCAGUCUGGAAGCCGCCCGGGGGGCAUUCGCCGCCGCCGCUUCCGUCGGGUUGCCGGGCGCCGAAUCGGCCGACGUUGGUGCGCGCGGGGGCGGCCGGCCGAGUGCGAGGAGUAGGCGCCGCAUCGAAUGCCUCCGCUGCUGAGUUCCAUGGAAAACGCUGCUCGCACGUCAUCCGCCGCCGCCGGGACGACCACCACCAGCAACUUGAGCAAUGGCCGCAAGGACGCCGACCGGUCGCCGCCGAGCACGACCAGCACCGGACAGCAGACCAGUCCGGUCAAGGGCAAGCCCCCGGCGGGCGGCGGCGGUGGCGGCCUGGCGCGGCGGCAGGACGCGUCCACGCUGGCCAAGAGCCCUUCUUUCUGGACGGCCAUGUACGACUACGAGGCCAUGGGCGAGGACGAGCUCAGCCUGCGCAAGGGCGAGCUGGUCGAGGUGCUGUCCAAGGACUCGAAGAUCUCCGGCGACGAAGGCUGGUGGAUCGGCAAAAUCGAGGGCAAGGUGGGCAUCUUCCCGUCCAACUUUGUCACCAACAACUACCUCGAGGAGCCCAACGUAAUCGACUUCAACGACCUGACCCUGGAGGAGGUGAUUGGCGUGGGCGGCUUCGGCAAGGUGUACCGAGCCUACCUCACCGGCGAGGAGGUGGCCGUCAAGGCGGCCCGCCAGGCGCCCGACGAGGACCCCAGCGUCACCCUGGAGAGCGUUCGCCAGGAGGCCCGGCUCUUUUGGAUGCUGCAGCACGAGAACAUCGUGUCGCUCAAAGGCGUGUGCCUCACGCCACCCAACCUAUGCCUCGUGAUGGAGUACGCGAGGGGCGGCCCGCUCAACCGGGUGUUGCAGGGCCGCAAGAUCAGGCCCAACGUGCUCGUCGACUGGGCCAUCCAGAUCGCCCGCGGCAUGAACUAUCUGCACAACGAAGCGCAGAUCAACAUCAUCCACAGAGAUCUCAAGUCCUCCAAUGUGUUAUUGAGGGAACCAAUAGAAAACGAAGACCUGCAGUUCAAGACGCUGAAGAUCACCGAUUUCGGAUUGGCCCGCGAGGUGUACAAGACGACGCGAAUGUCUGCCGCCGGCACCUACGCCUGGAUGGCGCCUGAGGUCAUCCGCGACUCGACCUUUUCUAAAGCUAGUGAUGUCUGGAGCUACGGCGUUUUACUUUGGGAGCUUCUGACUGGUGAAACUCCCUACAAAGGAACUGACACAUUCACCGUAGCAUAUGGAGUUGCUGUAAAUAAACUAACCCUUCACAUACCCUCAACCUGCCCUGAACCGUGGCGGGAACUCAUGGAAGACUGUUGGGCGCCGGACCCCCACUUGAGACCUUCCUUCGAGGAAAUCCUGAACGCACUGGACGGCAUUGUGCACUCGACAUUCACGAAAACGCCCCACGAGAGCUUCCACACCAUGCAGGAUAACUGGAGGAUAGAGAUCGAAGACGUGCUCGGCGGCCUCCGCAAAAAAGAAUCGGAGCUACGCAGUCGGGAAGAGGAGUUAAGCAAAGCGCAGGUGCACCAGCAGAUAUUCGAGCAGCACCUGCUGGAGAAGGAGCAGGAGCUGAAGGCGCGCGAGUUUGACCUUCUGCAGCGAGAGCUGCACAUGAUGAUGGCCCAGCAGCAGCAGACGCCAACACCAUUCAAGCGCAAAGGCAAAUUCAAGCGGUCGCGGCUGAAGCAGCUGAAGAAGGAGCCAGGCCAGAGCAUCAGCUUUCCGUCGGAUUUCCGCCACACGAUCACCGUUCAGCACACAGGGGGCCUGGAGAGGAAAGCGCGCAACCCCUCGAGCCCAAAUAGUCCGCCGGGCUCACCGAGCAUUCCGCGUUUCAGGGCCAUUGCACUCCCUGCCGAUGGGGUAAAAGGCAAGACUUGGGGUCCGAGCACGCUGCACCAAAGGGAGCGAAGUCAGAUCUUUACUCGCGUGGCAGACGGAGGCCACAAGCGCUGGAGCAAAAGCGCUCCCAACCUCGAGAAGCACGCUCGCAGCCACGCGGCGGCCGUGGCCGCUGCCGCUCGCGAAGGAGGAGUGGUCAACAUCGGAACUCUACAGGAAAUAGGCUAUUCACAGGAGUGCCUACACCCUUACAAUUACGUGGAGAGCGACUGGUCGGACCACCCGCAGGGUGCCAAACCACUCAUACCAAUUGCCACCCUCUACAACGGCGCAGAAAAGAAGCCGAAACUGUCUCUGGUCGAGAUGGUCCUGUACAACAUGGCAGCUAUGAUGGCUGGAGUGGCCGCUGGCUACGACGUCCGGCUGUCCAAUGUGUCAGCAAUCCACCCCAAACUGCACCCUGACAGGGGCGAGGAAGAGGUGGAGGAGCGAAAGUGGUGGUUUGGAGAGGGGAUUCCCGCUUAUGAGUUCUCCACUGUCUCCGGUUACCCGCACAACACCUACCACGGACCGACAAGACACCUUCGAACGCCCCUGUCGCUCGACUCGCGACCCAUGCGCUUCACCGACUCGCCUCAGCACUACGCUAUCGGUGGGCCGCCAGCGCUGCCGCCGAACACGCCACACUCAGGAACUCCGAUGGCUUCGCCAAGGAGAAAAUCUUCAAGUACAAGCAACGAUGGCAGCGACGUGACUUACCCCCCUCCGCAGGCCCUGGCACCGGCGAUGUACAUGCCGGUCGAGUAUGCGCUGGAGGACGGUCGGCCGGUGACGUACCUGAGUCAAUACAUGUACCGAGGCGACUCAAGCUACCUGUAUGAGCCUCGCGAGGGGUCCCACCACGCCGCAGCGUACAUUGACGCGCGCGUGCCGCCCCUAGGGGCCGGGUACGCGCCGCCCGAGUACGUCAACACGCACUACGUGGACGGCUACCACGCGUACGACAACCCGUCGAGCAGCGUGAGCAGCUCAAGCACCAACCCGCGGACGCCGUCGCGCCUCUUCUCAGGCGGCCACCGCCGGACGCCGUCCAACGUGUCAAACGCGUCGUCCACCAACACGAGCAGCAGCAACAUCAAUCCUAGCUUCCGGUUGGAGGACGAGGACUCGCAGUACUCAACGCCGUCACGCAGCAGACACUUUGAGACAAGCGCCACCGGCGAGUACACGCCCUUCUACCUGCGGCAGAACUCUGCGCCGCUUGAGUCGGACAGACCGGGCACCCUGGAGCUAUCCAGCAGCCGCACCCUGCGCUCGCAAUUGCGCAAGUACAGUCAGUACGGCUCGGGAGGCUCGGCCGCCAAACCUCCCAGCGGCUGGGGCUCGGGGGCAGGCACCCCGACCAACCCCACGCCUCCUGACAGCCUCACCAGUGAGGACAGUAGUUACGUGUCUGCUAAGGAGAGUACAUCUUCUAGAGUGAGAUUCCUGAACAACCCGGGCUCAGAGACGCUGCUGGACGUGCCGGUUCCGACCGUGGACAGCACGGUGCCCCUGCAGGCGUCUGCCCUGCGCAACAUGCGGCUCAGCCUGUCGCAGCGGAAGCCUUCCAUCACGGAGCUGGAGCGAGAGUUUCUCAACUCCUAGCAAUACGCCCGGGGAAGCAGAAAUGCUUCCCCGCACCGACCGCUGAGGAGUCGGUCCACGUCGGCCACCAGAAGACGCCUGGCCGACAACGUCCAGUGAACACGCUGACGGACCUUAAACUGGUGUUGGGACAAUCGAUCCACUCUUGCCAGCCAGUACUUUUUGUUGAAUCAAAAUCUGACCGCGGCUGACUUGCUACUUGAUUUUACCUUCGUUCAGUAUUGAUUUGUUUGUCAUCACUAACGACUGUGCAAUAUUUGCAUCCGAAUUAGAGUGACUGCUUCUCGUGAAACUCAAACUUGUAAAAGUAAUUUAUUUUCCAUUCUGCCUGUCAGAAGUGACCAAUCAAAAGCAGUUCUUUUUGUUGCAAAGAAAUUUUUCUCGCAAAGAAGCCGCGUAAGAGUGAGUUUUGCCUAUUUUUACUAUAGUAUUUUUAUGACCGAUGCAUGCCAUUCUGUAAUCACAUAAUAAUCUGUUAAAUGUAAGGUCAAGCAUACUUUGUAUAACCGACGAAGAGAGGAUAAAAAUGAAAGCCCAGUAUUCAAUUUUUCACUGGGAAAGUGGAAAAAAACGAGAUAAAUCCACAGUGAGAGAAAGGCAUCUAAUCAAGUAGAGAAUUUGACACAUUUCGUACUCCAUCAACAUAAUCAAGUGGGCCCUGAACGUGAACCAUACAUUCGUCAAAUCAGUGUGAAUCGCUCUCGUUAAAAUCGGCCUCCGUGGUUAAAUUCCUGUUAAACUAUGUACAGUAUGGUGUAUCAGUAGCAUUUUCGCGGUAAUUAUGAGUGUCACAUCCCACUGUUCACUGUGCAUAAAUUUCUCACAAAAUUGAGGCCUUAUUUGAACGAACGAGCUCUGUUUGCAGCCAAACAGAUAAAAAUUAUGGUUAAACAGGCAACCUUUGUUCACAACCAUCCCUAUUGCCUUGCAAAAAGUAUAUUUUGGAAACUUAAAACUGUUUUGUUGUGCUCUAGUAAUGAGCACGUUAACUGGAAACAUGGAAAAUGAACAACUGAAACGGUGCAUUACCAGUAUAAACGUGGUCACGAUUUUAUCUAAUGCUUGAAGUCAUCGACUUGAAGACACCUUUUGUUGUACACCUAAACAGGGCAAUAUUUACUUAAACGAACGAGACUAUCGCCGAGACAGUACCAUUUUAUGAUCCGAUGUUUGUCCCUUAGAUCGUGCUGUUAACCCUGUGUUACUUUUUGUUGAGUGAAUAUAUUGAUAUUUUACAAUUCCAAACAAACGAUUUCUGUAUUGAUUAACUCUGUUUGCUAGUCUUGCAAUUUGUAAUUGGGAAGGAAAUUAUUGCCGCUGAAUGGAUAUUCCAGGCGCGACACAUUCCCUUGAUUGCAAAUUAUGUUAAAAGGACAUUUCCUCUGUCAGAAUGACUUAAUUGCGAUCGAAUUCAGGCGCCAUUUGUUUUAGUUAUUUUUAAAAAACGCUGGGAUAAGUUAUUGCUCGAAGUUUACUUAACAUUCCGUUUUAUGUGAUUUGUAUGCCGUCUUUUUUGUAGUUUAAGUGCAACAUCGAUACUUACUUGAUAAUUUUUGUUUUGUUAAUACUAUUUAUUACUCUGUGGUGUGGAUUUGGAAAAAUCUUUGCGGAUUAAAAAGUAAGAAAAACGACUGAGCUUUCGAGUUGCAGCAUUCAAUGUGAAAAACUGGCUCAAUUCUAUUAACAAAUGAAUUUCUAUGUUUUACGUAACUCUUAUUGUUUUCGUUCUGUUCCCUCCACAUAUGAUUUCGUGUGUCACUGUCGAUGUACAUAUUCGCCUUCUGUGUUACAAUAAUUAUAUAUUACGAUUAUUACCACCUUCUACUUAGGGAAAGAUACCAACGUGCUGUCUGCCAUUUUCGACUGUACAUAAUUAAGCAAACUCGCAACAUUGAAAAUACACACAGACACAACAUUGUAAAUAAGCUAAGAAACGAAAACUAUUCAAAGUAAAAGACAUCUUGUGACCAUACCGUUGGAAAAGAAGAUAAUUUAUAGGGGUCAUGGUGAUAAAACUAAUAUUAUAAAGAAAGGAGAAUAUCAAUCUACCUAACUGACGAGAUAUGUUCGGAGGAAUACGCAGUCAUGUUAAUUUUUAAAAUAACAACAUGGAUAUAAUCUAAUUCGGAAUAAACGCCAAAACUUUACAUAAA